GAACGCAAAUAUUUUCUGCAAACCAUUGCUGAAUGAAAGAUCAGUUUAGCGUUGUACUCGGUUCGCAAUGGUUGUGAUUGGAAUUGAUUUUGGAAACGAUUCGUGUGUAGUGUCAGUAUGGCGAAAUGGACGCAUCGAUAUUGUAACGAAUGAAUCCAGCGGUCGUUACACUCCGUCAGUGGUUGCGUUCGAUGAACGUAUGCGACUCUUUGGAGUUUCUGCCAGGAAGCAAUGGCCAGCAAAUCCCAACCACACUAUUGUCGACUUCAAGGGGGUAUUGGAUGUGAAUAAGAUGAGAAAAUGGAAACUUGAUGUGUGCAAUUUCACCAAAAAUAAGCGAUACUCCACGCUAACGUAUAAUACACAAUUAAUGGGAGAGAAGCUUAGCUUGAGUCCAUGUCAAAUACUAUCGAUGCUGUUCGUAAAAAUCAAAGCUGAAGCUCAGGCAUUCAUGCAAAUAAAUGAACGAAUACUUGGAUGUGUUAUUGCUGUGCCAGCACAUUUCAAUAAUCAAGAACGGAAGGGUGUUCUAAUGGCAGCCGCAAUCGCGCGAUUAGAUUGCCAUUUUCUCAUCAAAGAUACGACAGCCGUUGCGAUCAACUAUUCUCUUUACAAAAAGUUUGCGAAACCGAUCACUGUGGUGUUUAUCGACUUUGGUCAAUUUUCAAUUCAGAUCUUUGGAUGCAAAUUUUAUGAAAGAAGACUGGAAAUGACUGAGGAAAUAUCCGAACCGAUUGGCGGUAGAGAUAUCGACGAAACAAUAGCUCUGUAUCUUAAUAGAACUUAUGAAAUAUAUGGUAAAAACAGCAGAGAGAAAGACUUCUACUCCCAGCUACUGUACGAAGCGGAAAAAUUGAAAAGGAAGAUGAGUUCCAGUGUUCAGCGUCAUCAACUGAUGAACAUGAAACAAGUACACUCUGGCGAUCCAAUUUUUAUGUGCCGAUCAGACAUGGAUAGGAUAUGUGAGCCAAUGUAUGUGAAGAUCGAAAGCUUCAUGAGACGCUUUUUGCAAAAUACCAACCUACAACUUGACGAGAUCCAUUCAAUUGAAUUGGUUGGCGGAUCGAGUAACAUUCCGAUUAUGCAAAAAAUGGUUGAAAAUGUCUUCAACCAACUACCAAUUGCAACAAUGAACCGCGAUGAUGCUGUGGCCCGUGGUUGCCUAUUGAAGUCAAUGUUAAAUAAGAAGAGAAGGGGCUACAAAAUCAUGGAUAGACCGUUUGCUGAUGCAGUUGAUAAUUUCGAUGGUAAUUUUAAUGAAAGAUCAAUGAAAGAUCUUGUCAGGGUGUUUCAGGUCCACAGAUUUCUAAAAUGCGACCGCCGCGAUUCAUUCCAAAUAACAGAAGCUGAGUUCAUGGGAUACAGCGAAAUGGAGAGAAAACUAGCCAGAUACGACAUAGAAGAGGGAAAGCGACGGAAGGCACGCGACGACCUUGACAAAUAUAUAUCGGAGCACAUGAAACCUGGUGGAGUGCUGGAAAAUUGUAGUGAAGCCAUCAGAAACGAAAUAAACAAAACGAAGGUGUGGAUGUACGGCACAAAAGAGCAGUAUGAAGACCUGAUUUACUAUUGGCAACAAAAGGUAGAAAAAAUGAAUAAAAAACAAGUGAUGCGACAAGUUGAAGAGGAGAGUGUCGAUGAUGCGGAUUGCGUUACCAUCGAUGUUACGACACACAGCCUAGUCAACCGGUGCAGUUCAAUUUUUGUUAAACGACUAACCUUUAGCGACUGUGAUGAGGUGACACUAAUUGAGUCGAAUCGAAGCAACAAUGCCAAUUCAGAAUACGGAUCGCGAGUCCAUCGACAAGGUUUUCGUUCUCGCUGCCGUCGACUGAAACGUAAAGCAAAUCAGAGUCACGAUGCAGUCCUUGGAAACAGUGAUCAACCGAAGAUCUCAUUGUGUGGUCAAAGGGGAAAAGGAGUCCCGUGGUGUUGUUUUUUGUAGGUUAUCGAUACGGUGCACUCAUUUGUAUGAGAGUUUUUUUUAACGUGGAUGGCAUUUCAAACUUACUUGAAAAUGAUCCACGAAUAAAAAUGAUGAAGCUAGUGUU